GACCCACCGCGCCUCCUCCCGGGCCUGGGGCUGCUCAGUCUGCUCGCUGAGCCCCCUGCGGUCGCCACCGGGGAGAGUGACCGAAGAGGAGGAGGCGACACCCGGGAGAGCAGCGCCUGGACGGAAUCAGCCCCCUGAGAGCUGGUGGCUCCCGGGUUCUUGAGCCUUAUCAUGCUCCGGGCGCCAGCCGGGCUUUAGGAGAGAAACUGAGACACCGGUGCGAGUCGGGGCAAUUCUUUGGUUGUUAAGUGUGAGAGAAGACACUCAGGAUGGCUCAGGGAUCCGGGGACCAGAGAGCAUUGGGGACUGCUGAUCCAGAAGAGAGUUCUCCUAACAUGAUUGUCUACUGCAAAAUCGAGGACAUCAUUACGAAGAUGCAAGAUGACAAGACAGGGGGCGUGCCCAUCAGAACAGUUAAGAGCUUUCUCUCCAAAAUCCCCAGUGUCGUCACAGGUACGGACGUUGUGCAGUGGCUUAUGAAGAACCUUUCCAUUGAGGACCCAGUUGAAGCAAUACACCUGGGAAGCCUUAUUGCCGCCCAAGGCUACAUCUUCCCAAUCUCAGACCACGUUCUCACCAUGAAAGACGAUGGCACCUUUUACCGUUUCCAGGCUCCUUACUUCUGGCCUUCCAACUGCUGGGAACCUGAAAACACUGACUACGCCAUCUACCUCUGUAAGAGGACGAUGCAGAACAAAGCGAGGCUGGAACUGGCCGACUACGAAGCAGAAAACUUAGCGAGACUCCAGAGGGCCUUUGCGAGGAAGUGGGAAUUCAUCUUCAUGCAAGCAGAGGCACAAGUGAAGAUUGACCGGAAAAAGGAUAAGACAGAGAGGAAAAUCUUGGAUAGUCAAGAACGGGCCUUUUGGGAUGUCCACAGGCCAGUGCCAGGCUGUGUGAACACAACGGAAAUGGAUAUCAGAAAAUGUCGACGUUUGAAGAAUCCUCAAAAGGUUAAAAAGUCAGUGUAUGGUGUGACAGAAGAGCCCCAGUCACAGAGUCCAGUGCACAUACCAAGCCAGCCAAUCAGGAAAACUACGAAGGAUGACAUUCGAAAACAGAUAACGUUUUUGAACGCACAGAUUGACAGACAUUGUUUGAAAAUGUCCAAAGUGGCUGAAAGCUUAAUCGCUUACACAGAGCAAUAUGUGGAGUAUGACCCUUUCAUAACGCCAGCAGAGCCGUCUAAUCCUUGGAUCAGUGAUGACGUCACCUUAUGGGACAUAGAGAUGAGCAAAGAGCCCAGCCAGCAGCGGGUAAAACGAUGGGGCUUCUCUUUUGAUGAGAUACUGAAGGACCAGGUGGGGCGGGACCAGUUCCUUCGAUUCCUGGAGUCGGAAUUCAGUUCAGAAAAUCUCAGGUUCUGGCUGGCUGUCCAAGACCUCAAAAAGCAGCCUUUACAGGACGUGGCCAAGAGGGUGGAAGAAAUCUGGCAAGAGUUUCUAGCUCCAGGUGCCCCGAGUGCCAUCAACCUGGAUUCUCACAGCUAUGAGAGAACCAGCCAGAAUGUCAAAGACGGAGGAAGAUACACAUUUGAAGAUGCCCAGGAGCACAUCUACAAGCUGAUGAAGAGCGACAGCUACGCCCGCUUCCUGAGGUCCAAUGCUUACCAGGACCUGUUGCUGGCCAAGAAGAAGCCAGAAAGUGAGCAAGGUCGUAGAACUUCCCUAGAAAAGUUCACGCGCAGUGUGUGCUGCUGGCGCCGAGUCAGAAUGGCUGCCGCGUUUCACCCCCGAGGCGGCUUCCUUCCAGCAGUGGGGAAAGUCGCUGGCGGGCAAGCGCCUCACGGGCCUGAUGCAAUCCUCCUGACUGCCCCCACCCCAGGGCCUGGGCCCGCAGAGCACCCGGACAGGCGGCGCUCCACAUCCAACGACAGAGCUUCCUUGCGGGGAGAUUUGGUCACUGUGAAGGAGAAAGAGUGAGGGCCACGGAUUGCAAUGGUGGGGAGACGUGGUGGGUGAAUGGGGAGACCAGAGAGAAAGAGUCUAGCGGUGCUGGGCCAGCCAGGGAGAGGCCCCUGUUGAUGCCUCUCUCGUGUACAGACUCGCGUCAACGCUUAUUCUCUCCAAGGGCCCAUUUUUAACUUGGCCAGGGAAUGUUUCAUGGAGUCUGACUACUACUUGAGAUGUUAACCUCACCUGUCCAGUUGUCUGGGGAACCAUGGCUUUCAGCAAACUUCAGAGGGAUGAGUGGACCGGGCACAUAGUAUUACGCAUCACCUCCUUAGUUUCUCUGAUGCACUCACUGCCUCCUGCCUUCCCCCCACUGGUAGCCACCCAGGUGUAGUGGACGGACGACAGACACUGCUUUCACAAAAAUGUCAAAUAUCACACCUUCAGCACCAAUGGCACCUCGAGUUCUUUCCACCCUCUCUGAGACCAAAUUUUAAAGAAGUCUGUGGGUGUGGUGGCCACCCUCAGGUCCCCUCAAAUGUCCAAGGGUCCAGUGCAGACGACGGCGUGUGUUGUUCGGCCACUGAAGGUUCUGGUGACAAAUCUUAAAAAUAUGAUUUCUCCUUGUCUAAUGAUUUUGCCCCUUGCACCUUGGUUUGUCCUCUCAUGUUUUACUCGGAAUAAAACGUGGCCAUGAACUCAGGAGCCAUUGGGCUUCUCCCCACCGGUAGCCCAAGUUCCUGGAGGUGGAUGGGCUGUGGGACUAGCACCAGACCUGGCCAGACUCUUUGGUGGGUUAAGGUUCAGCUAUUCCUGAAGCUAAAACACAAUAUGCACAAUGGCAGGACUGGGCCAGAGCCACAGGUUCCCCCUUUCUCGACCACAUUCUGAGGGCCCAGCCAAAGCACCCUGUUAAACGUAGCCAAUCAUCUAGCAAAGAGCAAACUGUGUAAGAUCCUGCAAAAGAUCUGUCUUCUUCCUGUGUGUCAGAACAACCAUUUGCCAACCUGGCUGUGAAGUCAUGCCCAGAAAGUGCCACGUCAGGUCCUGAACGCAUAGGGGGUGUUUAGCAAAUGGCAGGUAGCACAGUUGUCAUUGUCAUUGUUCUUGUGGUUGCCAUGGGCCCUCAGACACUGCUGUAGUACGCAACAUGCUUUUAAAGUCAAACACGGCCUCCCACACACACCUUCCCUGCCAACACCUGUUUGUUGGCCCCUUCUUUUGAUUUAUUUUGGCCAUGGGUGAAAACACUCCCUUGGGAUUAUAUAAACGAAGGAAGGAAGGAAGAAAGAAAGAAAGGAGAGAGAACAAAAGCAUUGCUCAUGAAAGCUCACCAGCUGGUGACCAAAGGCACAAGUGUUUGUUCAGUCCCAGCCUCCUGGGUGCAUCAUGUGACCCAUCCACCUAGCCCCACCCGCAAAGCCUGCCCAUACCUGCUUCUACACAACCCCAGAUCUACAAGCCUUCUGUCCGUCCAUCACAGGGGAGCCACCACGGGCACUUAGAUCCAGCCUUCU